AUGGCGAGCAAUAGUGCUGAACAUGUUGUACCUGAAGAUUUAAUAGUUGAGAUAUUAUCGAGACUACCUGUGAAAUCUUUGAUUCGAUUAGGGGUUGUUUGUAGAUAUUGGUACACUGUCAUCAGAAACUCUAGUUUCAUUAUAAAGCACCACCACAGCAACAACAAUGUCCAUCUUCUUGUUGAAAACUACAAUUUCAACACUGAAAAAUUUGCUUUCACCCUAUUCCCCGAUGAAAAUCUUGACAGCAUACCACUAUUAUAUCAUGAACUUAAUGACUUACAAAUGUCUAGAGAUUUGUUAUAUGUUCUUGGUCCUGUUAAUGGCAUAUUAUGUUUGUUUGAUGGUGGGGAUCGUAUAGCUUUGUGGAACCCGGCUUUGAGAGAUUUCAGGCUCCUCCCUAGGCCCCAAGAAAACAUUCCGCCUUAUUUCAGCGUCAAUUGGAAUAGUUUUGCAUUUGGUUUGGACCCCUUAACCAAUAAGUGUAAGGUGGUUUGGAUUCGGUAUUUCUAUGAUGACCGGAUAAAAAACAUGUAUUUUCCUCCAACUGUUGUAGUAUAUACCCUAGGUACUAAUUCUUGGAGAAUGAUUGAGAUUGAUUUGCCUGAAAAUUAUUGUGUAGAUAAUACUUUUAGUGACGGGCUUAUUAAUGGAACUUAUUAUUGGAUAGAUCGUGAUAAUUCAUUGAAGUAUACGAUUAUUUCAUUUGAAAUGGGCAGUGAGACUUUCGGAAUGAUACAGCUGCCAUUAGAUUUUCCCAGAUAUUAUUGGGGGGGUCUUAUUGUGUAUAAUGACUCAAUUGCUGUGGUAUUUUAUGAUCCACCUGAGGAGGUGAAAUACUUCGAAAUAUGGGUGAUGAAGGAUGAGGGUCUCUGGAACAAGCAAUUAACUAUUGGACCCCUUCUAGACAUUGACAGACCGCUUGGCUUAUGGAAAAAUGGUGAGCUUUUCCUAGAAACUAAUAAAACUCAACAGUUGCUCUUAUACAACAUUAAUACCCAAGAAACCAAGGUUCUUGGACCUCGAGGAUAUGAGCAUUGCCUUAAGGUUUGUAACUACAAGCAGAGUUUAGUUUCUUUGAGGGAACAAAAUGAAUUCAGGGAUGAGUAUAAUUCAUCUAAUAUGAUUCAAGAGUUCUGUACAUCUUGA